AUGUCAGAUCAUCUGCUAAGAAAAAGGCCCAGUUCAAGCACAAGCCCAACACCUUCAAGUAGCAGGCCCAAACAUUUAUUCUCGGACAAAGAAUGUCUAUUCUGUGACAAACAUAUAAAACACUUGAAAGGAAAGAAAAAAGACACUUUAAUACAAUGUUUGACAAAAAGUGCCAUGGAAACCAUUAUUCAAUCAAUUAAGAAGAAAGAAGAUUGGGCCUUAUUAUCAAAAGUUGGUGAUCGUGAUCUUAUUGCAUAUGAGGCGAUGUAUCAUAGUAGUUGUAGGAGGGCCUACACACGAUCUAGUCCUAAUAAAAGUUUGAAUGACAGUAAUGGUUACAAAUAUGAAGAGAUGGAUGACUAUAAUGUGCUUCACAUCUACGAAUAUAUUGAUAAAAAAGUAAUAGCUGAAAACCGAAUUGUGACAUUGGAUCAAUUAACACUAUGGUACAAAGAAAAAGUGAACAUUAAUGUGUUGAAGCUUGUCAGGCCCUCUAGGAUAAAGAACAGUAUUAUGUGUCGAUAUGGUGAUGAUGUCAAGUUCUAUCUAUCAGAUAAAACUGAAUAUAUCUACAAUUCCAAUCUGACUGUAAAUGAUCUCAUAGAGUCAAGCUACAACUAUGCCAACAUGGACAGUGAUGAACUAAUAAAGAAAACAGCAAAUAUAGUUCACAAUGAAAUAUCUGAAGCCAGCCAAGCAAAUGUAGAACCUACAUGGCCUCCAAAUGUGGAUGAACUUAUGGGCAAAAUGAACUCAUCAGUGCCAAAGAAUCUUGAACUAUUAUUGACUAUUAUUUUAUGUGGUAAAUCAGAAACAUAAGACAAAAAGCAAACAUGUUAUAUAAAUUCAAUUGCACAGGACAUUAUUUACUGUUCUU